AUGGCCAAUCAUAGAGAUGCUUGUUCACUCCAAGAACUUUCCUGCCACUCGCAAAGGAAACAGAAAUCAAUAAAAGGGAAGAGAAAAAGACAUAUGCAGGGAGAAUCAACCAACAUUCCAAAAAGUAAUGUGCAUUAUUUAUUUAAAUCAUCAUCUUCAGUAUUAUCACGGCAAUUGUCUUUAAACCCAUCCCUGUCAUCGUCCUCUCGACAACAUUCUAGAAGCUGGAGGGGGAACUGGUUUAUUCUGCCCUUCAUCACGGUCACCUUUAUGUCCUGUCAAGUGUGGGCGACCACUUUCACAAUUGCCCUAGUUGGACCUUGGACAUGUGACCGUUUAUAUUCUAAAGCCCUCCCAGACUUGGCAGCCCGCCUUGCUACAUAUCGUAUGAAUCAGGACCCCUUCCUCAAAAAAGGCUACUGGUAUGACUAUACGAUAAUUAAUGAGGAUUGCAAAUCAUCCCGUGCCCUUCCUAAAUUUGGAGAGCUAGAAGGUUAUGGUGAUGCUUUCCUGGGCCCGGCUAACCCGGGGUACUGCUCCUCUGCAGCUCUAUAUGCCAAAGAGUGGGAUGUCGCCAUUCUUUCCUGGGCUUGCCUGAAACCCAACAUGGAAGAAGGAAAGAUGUAUCCCACCUUCUUAAGGCCACUACCUCUGUCGUCCCGUGUACUUUUCACUGUGUUGCAUUACUUCCGCUGGGCCCAUGUAGCAAUAAUAUCAGAAGACAAAGAGCUGUGGGAAGCUACGGGAAAUGAGCUAGCCACGUCACUGAGGGCCCUUGGCCUGCCCGUACACCCUGUUGUUGUUAUGGAGGCGGACAAGGAUGGACCGCGGAGAGCACUGGCAAAGGUUCGGGAGGCAGACCGGGUCAGAGUGAUCAUUAUGUGCAUGCCCUCUGUUUUCAUCGGGGGUCAAGCUCAGUACCAUCUUCUGACUGUAGCCUUGGCCAUGCGUAUGAUUGACCGCGGCUUUGUGUUCAUCCCCUAUGACACCCUCCUCUAUUCACUACCCUACAAGAACACAUCAUACCACAUAUUAAGUAAUGAUACCAAGUUGAGGAAAGCAUAUGACGGGGUUCUUACCAUCACUGUGGACUCGAGAGAGCGCAAUUUCUAUGAGGCCUUCAGAGACGCUCACAACAACUAUGAAAUCAGCAGCAGCGCCAUAGCAGAGGAGGUUUCGCCGUUCUUUGGAACCAUCUACAACAUGAUGUACUACAUCGGUAUGGCGGUGGAACACACCCGCUCCAAAGGAAACCGCUGGGUAACUGGCCACAACCUCCUGAAAGAUGACAGUGAAUUUACAUUUAAAGGCUUCAAUCAACACGUGUGGUCUGGCAAGAACGGUGAAGGCAUGCAGACCCACUACGUGGUGCUGGACUACAGCGGAUCGGGAUCUUCUCUCACCCCAACUCAUCUUGUGGAGGCUGAAUAUGCAAACGGCAGGACUGGAAGCUUGAAAUACCUCGGCCGUUCAGUUCAUUUUGCAGGCACCACACCCUACAAAGACUCAACCUGCUGGUUUAGAUCAGAAUCUGCCUGUACUGGCGAUCUGGAUUUAGUCACGCUUUUAUUUUUUUCUCUCCUCUUCAUUCCAUUGGCUGGAACUGGAGUUAAUCUCUUUCUGCGUCUUAAGAAGCGGGGCACAGCUGGGUUAAACUUCGGUGAAGGUAAUAAUGGUAGAUCAGGAAGAGCUGUCUUGACCCUGGAAGACCUCGUAUUCAUCAACACUCAAGUCAGCAAACGGAAGUUAAACGAGGAAAGCAUAAUGAAAAGCCAGCUGGACAUGAAGACACCUCACCACUCAGUGUCUGGGCGCAGCUACUUGGCCUCGACACCAGACAGCUCAAAUGUUGCUGUUUUUGAGGGCGAUUGGGUUUGGUUGAAGAAAUGCCCCAGCUCAGCUGUAAGUGCUGUCAACAGCAGCACCUUGGAUAUCUUUGUCAAUCUGAGGGACAUGAGGCAGGAGAACCUCAAUCUGUUCCUGGGACUGUUCUUUGAUUCGGGGAUCUUUGGUGUUGUGAUUGAACACUGCACCAGGGGUAGUCUCGAGGACUUGCUCAACAAUGAAGACGUGCGCCUUGACUGGAUGUUCAAGUCAUCUCUGUUAAUGGAUCUAAUCAGGGGGAUGAAAUAUCUGCAUAAUCGAGACAUUAUCCACGGACGGCUGAAAUCCCGUAACUGUGUGGUAGACGGACGCUUCGUGUUGAAAGUGACCGAUUAUGGGUUCAAUGAAAUUUUGAUCUCCCAAGGCAUUGACGUUGACGUCAUAAAGCCAGAGGAUCUACUAUGGACGGCUCCAGAGCUCCUACGAAGUUCCAGCAUGAGAAGGAGGGGCACUUUCUUUGGUGACGUCUACAGCUUUGCCAUCAUUGUACAGGAAGUGAUUUCUCGCUCUGCUCCUUUUUGCAUGCUGGACAUGCAUCCUAAGGAGAUUAUCAGCAAGGUCAGAGAGCCCCCUCCCCUGUGCCGCCCGAUCGUGUCAGUGGAUGAGGCCCCAAUAGAGGUGAUACAGGUUAUGAAACAGGCCUGGAGUGAAGAACCGUACAAGAGGCCCACCUUUGAGGAGAUCUUCAAACAGUUCAAGAGCAUCACCAAGGGAAAGAAGACCAACAUCAUCGACUCCAUGCUACGUAUGUUGGAGCAGUAUUCAUCCAACCUGGAGGAUCUGAUUAGAGAGAGAACAGAGGAGCUGGAAGUGGAGAGACAGAAGACCGACAAUUUGGUGGCGCAGAUGUUGCCCAAGUCUGUGGCACAGGCUCUUAAAACAGGCAAACCUGUCAAACCCGAGCAUUUCAGCGAAGUCACGCUAUACUUCAGCGACAUCGUGGGCUUCACCACCAUCUCGGCUCUCAGUGAACCCAUCGAGGUGGUCGACCUCCUCAACGACCUCUACACGCUGUUCGACGCCAUCAUCGGCAUGCACGAUGUGUACAAGGUGGAAACUAUCGGUGACGCCUACAUGGUGGCCUCAGGAGUCCCUGCUAGAAACGGAAGCCGUCAUGCAGCCGAGAUGGCUAACAUGUCUCUGGACAUCCUUCACUGCAUUGGUACUUUCAAAAUGAGGCACAUGCCCGAAUUAAAAGUCAGGAUCCGGAUUGGCCUACACUCUGGUCCAGUUGUAGCAGGAGUUGUGGGUCUAACGAUGCCUCGGUAUUGUCUGUUUGGAGACACCGUCAACACAGCAUCUCGGAUGGAGUCCACGGGAUUGCCUUACAGAAUCCAUGUCAACCAAAGUACAGUUGAUAUCCUGAACAGCUUGAAGCUUGGAUACCAAAUUCAACUCAGAGGUCUAACAGAGCUGAAGGGUAAAGGGGUUGAGAACACAUAUUGGUUGGUUGGGAGGGAGGAUUUCAACAAACCUCUGCCUAUUCCACCAGAUAUAAAGGGUGGAAGCAAUCAUGGUAUCAAUCUGGAGGAGAUUCCUGUUGACAGGAGACAAAAAUUCCUGGAUCGUCAGAAGAGGAUGGGCUAGUCGGAAUGUUUUUUUUUUUUUGGACAGAACUGACAUGAUUGUUUCCAUGACAACUUCGUUCAGUGAAUGAACGCACAGACAGAUGUGUGAGUGGAAUGUGGACAGGACACGCAGAGAACACAUAUGUCCUCCGGAGCGAAAUGUGACCCAACAAAUAUUAGCUCUGUUCACCAAGAGUGGAACUCCUUCACAAUUCUCACUUUGAUCUCCAUCAGAUCUUUGGGAUAACUCAGAGUGAGAAUGCUAUUUAAAUACUAUUGUGAGGCAAAUUCAGAUCAUCACAAUCUCUCAUCAGCACUUUAUUAUAAUCAGUAAACCACUUUAUAUUUUCAGC